UGGAGGAUCCAUCCACCAAAAUCUCCCAUCUUUUUGGAUUUCGCUCAGUCAAUAAAUCAUUAGGAUUUCCAUGUUCUUCAUCCACCUCCAUCAUUUCUUCUGCGUAUUCAUCUUCUUCUAUUGGAAAUUCUGUAAGAAAAUCUGCGAUAACUUGAGAUUUGGGUGAAGAUAAAAUUUCAUAGCCAAUCUCAUAAUUUCCUAAUUGUGCAUUCCACCUCUCUAUUCUUCCUGACCUCUUCGAAUUCUUCAUUGCAUUUUCAAUUGGAACUCUUGUUAAUACUUUAAUUUUGUGAGCUUGAAAAUAGAUGUGAAGCUUGAAUGAUGCAUAUACCAGUGCGAGAAUCAGCUUUUCGAUUUUUGAAUAAUUUUUUUCUGCGGAAUUAUAUGUUUUGCUUAUGUAUUAUAUCGGUUUUUGUACACCUUCAUCUGAUCGUAACAGUACUGCACUUAAUGCAUGAGAUGUUGAUGCUAGAUACAAUAACAGUUCUUCCCCCUGCUUCUCCUUUUGCAUAAUGGAUAAGUUUACCAGAUAAUAUUUUAUACUUUGCAAUGCUUUGUCACACUCCAUUGUCCAUCCAAAUUUGGUUCCCUUCUUUAAUAUAUUGAAAAAUUGUUUGCAUUUGUCCGAAGAUCUUGCAAUGAAUCUUCCCAAUGAUGCCAUCAAUCCAUUUAACUUUUGAACAUCUUUGACUGUCGCAGGUGGUGGCAUAUCUCUAAUCGCAUGUACCUUCUCUGGAUCAACUUGUAUUCCCUCCUUGGAUAUAAUAUAGCCUAAGAAUUUUCAUGAUGAUACACCAAUUAUACAUUUUUCUGGAUUUACUUUAAUAUUGAAUGUUCGCAUCUGUUCAGAUAUUGCUCGCAAAUCAUCAACAUGAUCUUUCGCCUCUUUGCUUUUAAUUAGCAUAUCAUCUACAUAGACUUCCAAUGUUUUAUGUAUCCAUUUUUCGAAUACUUUCUGCACCAUUCUUUGAUAAGUCGCACCGGCAUUCUUCAACCCAAACGGCAUUUUCGUGUAACAAUAUAAACCUCCUGGUGCAAAGAAAGCGGUGUUUUCUUGAUCUUCUUCUGCCAAAGGAAUUUGAUUAUAGCCUUUAUACCCAUCUAACAUUGUGACUCUAUCAUUCCCUGAUGCUGAUUCCACCAUUUGAGGUAUAUCGGGUAAAGAUUUUGGGGCAAAACCAAAUAAUGGAACGGAUUCGACGAAACCUUUCUUACAAGCAUGGAGUUUAGCUUGCAGGUCUGUAGCACCAGCAACAAUGUGGAUACCUCGUGGAACUUAUUUGGUUAACACAAUAGCUUUUAGUGGUCCUUGUAAAAGUGCAAGAGUUACAGUUCAAAUUGAUGGUAAAAUUCAGGCGCCUCCUAGGAAUUAUUGGGACAUUGGUAAUUACGGCAAUUGGGUUUUAUUCCAAGGAAUCGAUGGUUUAACCAUUAACUGUGGGAUUCUGGAUGCACGCGGAUCUCAGUUGUGGGAUUGCAAGAGAUCUGGUGCAAAUUGUCCACAGGGUGUUACGUCGCUGACGUUCAACAGUAUCAAAAAUGGGAUAGUCAGCGGUAUUGUAUCUGUUGAUAGCCAAAGGGCUCAUAUGGCUAUCAAUGGUUGCAAUAAUAUGAAGGUUAGGAAGGUGAUUCUUAUUGCACCUGAUCAAAGUCCUAACACAGAUGGUAUAGACAUACAAUCAUCAACUGGUGUAACAAUCAUUGAUUCAAGUAUCAGAACAGGUGAUGAUUGUAUUGCAAUUGGUCCUGGGACCAAAAAUCUACUGGUUCAACGCGUAGCAUGUGGCCCUGGACACGGAAUUAGUAUUGGAAGUUUGGCCAGAAAUCCGAAUGAAGCAGGGGUGGAAGGAAUUACAGUUAAGGAUGUAACCUUCACAGGAUCAGAUAAUGGAUUACGGAUCAAAACAUGGCCGAAGCCAAGUGAUGGUUUUGUAAAGAACGUUCUUUAUGAGAAUAUCAUUAUGAAUAAUGUUCGGAACCCUAUCAUUAUCGAUCAGAUUUAUUGCCCCGGUACCAAGGGCUGCUCUGACCAGAAUUCUGGAGUCAAGAUUACUGGGGUGACAUACUUAAAUAUAAGUGGAACAUCUGCAACACCAAUUGCCAUUAGAUUUCAUUGUAGUGCAACUACCCCGUGCAGCGGAAUCAAAUUACACAAUGUUAAUCUCACUUAUUCAAAACAACCUGCCAAGGCCUUUUGUUUCAGCACCCUUGGAACAUCUUCAGUGGGACAACUUGGAGCGUCCUUAUCAGUAGGACAACUCGGAACAUCGUUAUCAGUAGGACGACCUUCUCCUGGAAGUUGUUUCUAGUAAAAAACAGUUGUGUUAAUAUGUUGUUGAUCGAGUGUACACAUCCAUUUGCAACAUAAACUACCACUUGCCUUAAACGUAAUAUAAAUUCAUGUACACAUGCAUAAAACUAAUUAAUACUAAUAACCAACCUAGAAGAAUAUGUGAACCCCCACAAGCAUCCGUACUGCAAAUAUAUUGAGGAGAAAGAGAAGUAUCCCCAUUUGCAAAUCCACCAACCUGGAGUAGUUCAUUUGUCACAGUUCCUCCGUUCAAAAGUCGCACCUGAAACUGUCAAUGCCAACGAAGCUACCAUCCUGCAUCUGACCGUCUCAAACCUCCGAUUUAAACUUAUAAGUUGACUUCUUGGUUUUUGGUUUAACGAUUA